AAAAUACAUAAUAAUCAUUAACAAUUGAGUCAGCAAGAACUACUUUUUUUUUUUCCUCCCAUUAUAUUAUAUAUACUAUUAUAUUAGACAAACCAAGAUACAUUAUCAAAGUUGAGAGAUUAUUUUCUCACUAAAAGCAGCAGCGGUCUGAAACCUAACUUCUUCAUACCAUCAAAACUUCAGUACAUAAUAUAACCAUGAAUUUUGAUGAUGAUGGCCGCAUUAGGACAGGAACUGUAUGGACUGCAACAGCACACGCGGUGACAGCAGUGAUAGGAUCGGGUUUGCUAGCAGUGCCAUGGAGUGUUGCUCAGAUGGGUUGGAUUUAUGGUCCACUUUCUCUCUUUGGUUUUGCUGUUAUUACUUACAUCACUGCCCGUUUACUCUGCGACUGUUAUCGGACUCCUGACCCUGUCAAGGGCCAGAGGAACCACUCUUACAUGGAAGUUGUACGCGCUACCUUAGGAAAAACGGAGGUGUUCAUAUGUGCUUUUGCUCAGUAUUCCUUGCUUUGGGGAACAAUUGUUGGUUACACAAUCACAGCAGCAACAAGCAUGUUGUCUGUUAAAAGAACAAACUGCUACCACACAAAAGGACCAGAAGCAGAUUGUCAACCAUCAAGCAACUCUUUCCUGCUAAUUUUCGGGGCCAUACAUAUUGUACUCUCUCAACUUCCUAGCCUCGAGAAGGUGACUUUCCUCUCAGUAAUCGCGGCCACAAUGUCACUAUGUUACUCGUUUGUUGCACUAUAUUUAUGUAUAGCCAAAUUCGUGUCUCAUCCCGAGCUUAGAGGCAACCUAACUGGUGUUGAGAUAGGGACAAAUGGACUCACUUUGUCCUCUAAACUCUGGCAAUCUUUUCAAGCUCUUGGGAAUAUUGCCUUCUCUUACACCUAUGCUCAGUUGCUCAUUGAGAUUGAGGACACGUUAAAAUCGCCUCCAGCAGAGAAUAAAACGAUGAAGAGGGCAACUUUGUACAGCAUUGCAUUGACUACCGCCUUUUAUGUUUCCUUGGGUUGUACGGGAUACCUCGCCUUUGGUAAUGAGGCUCCAGGAAAUGUUCUCACUGCCUUCCAUGAACCCUUUUGGCUAGUUGACCUUGCCAAUAUUGGGGUGGUUAUACAUUUAACUGCAGCAUUUCAGGUAUUUGCACAACCAAUAUUUGCUUGCUACGAGAAGUGGCUAGCCAUGAGAUGGCCAGCAUCGCCGUUCAUCCACAACACAUACACAAUACAACUCCCAGGAUACAAAACAUUAAGCUUCAAAUUCACGCUAUGCCGGCUUCUCCUAAGACCCCUAGUCGUAGUCAUCACCGUGCUAACUGCCAUGAUGUUCCCGUUCUUUAAUGCAGUGUUGGGGCUGUUAGGGUCAAUUGCCUUUUUUCCUUUGACAGUUUACUUGCCAGUAAGAAUGCACAUGAAACAGGUUGAUCUAAAGAAAGGAGGGGUCAAGUGGUUUAUGCUUCAAGGGUUAUGUUUGAUUGCUUUGCUUGUUUCGCUCAUUUCUGCAGUGGGUUCUGUUGCUGAUAUUAUUGAUCGCCUUAAGCAUACCAAGAUCUUUAGUGCAAAUUUAUAGUUGGUUCAGAAUUCUUCAAUUGUUGCUAGAUUAAAGUGUAAAUUAAAUGUAUAUUUCGUCUCAAAAUGUAUUGAUAAAAAUCAUUAUAAAUGGGUGCAAAAAAUAUUGAUUAAACGCCCACCGUGGGGCUCGAACCCACGACCACAAGGUUAAGAGCCUUGCGCUCUACCAACU